AUCGUGGUGCUGAGGCUUUUGCAAACCAAAAAUGUCUGCCUAAGGGAAACUCGUAACUGAUAUAUAUAGAGGAUAUUUCACCCAGGUAUUGCUGUUUAAACCCACAUUUUGCUCUUCCGAGGCGUGUUGCAAGAAAGCGGGUCUUCACCAGAUCACCCUAGUCGGGAUUUUAAUCGGAAAAAAGGUUUCUAGAUCGCCAGGAUGAAUCCUCAGCAGCGGAUUGCCGCUCUCGGAACAGACAAGGAAUUAAGUGACCUGCUGGAUUUCAGUGCGAUGUUCUCUCCACCUGUAAGUGGAGCGAAGAACAGGCCCACCACACUUGGAAGCAGUCAGUUCACUGCGUCAGGUAUGGAUGAGCGGACCAACCAAGCGUCUUGGGCCCCAGGUGGCGAGUCCAGUCCCUCCUAUGAGUCCUCCCGGGGUUUCGCUGACAGCCCUCAUUACGGCGAUCAUUUGAGUGACAGUAGAUUAGUGUCCCAUGAAGGAUUGUCCCCAACACCUUUCAUGAACUCGAACAUAAUGGGUAAAUCGGAGAGGGCUCCGUUUCCCGGCUAUGGGAGGAAUGCUGGAGCACCUAGCUGCCAGUCUUCUUCUGUAAGAUCGGACGUAGCGUUGGCGAGUCCUAGUCCAGUGACUCCAUCAGGGAAGUCAGCUGCUCCUUUCUACUCCUUCACUGCAGCCAAUCCUAGAAGACGUCCUCUGCAAGAUCCUCCAUCUGUCGAUCCUCUACAAACAAAAAAGGUUCGCAAGGUCCCUCCUGGCCUGCCUUCAUCUGUGUACGCACCAUCUCCAAACUCAGAAGACUUCAACAGAGAUUCACCUUCUUACUCGUCUCCUAAACCCUCCAGCAGUAUGUUUGCAAGCACUUUCUUUGAUGGUACCCACAGUUCGUCUGACCCUUGGAACUCGUCCAAUGGGAUGAGUCAGCCAGGCUAUGGGGGAAUGCUCGCUGGAUCUUCAUCUCACAUGCCACAGUCAGGAAACUACAGCAGCCUGCACUCACACGACCGUUUGAAUUACCCCGCACACUCAGUCUCUCCAGACAUCAAUGCCAGUCUUCCUCCCAUGUCCAGCUUCCACCGAAGCAACACCAGCACUUCGCCAUUCGUCACUGCAGCGCACACCCCGUCCGUCAACACGGCCGAUGGGGUCAUGGCUGCUGCAAAUCGGGGGAACGCCACUGGAAGCUCACAGACUGGAGAUGCACUGGGCAAGGCUUUAGCCUCGAUUUACUCACCUGACCACACUAGCAGUAGUUUUCCAUCCAACCCGUCGACACCUGUGGGUUCUCCUUCACCUCUGACAGCCACAGCAGGUGCUGCCUCAGCAGGUACCGUGGUGACUGCUGCCGGUACCCCGUCUGGAAGGCCAGGUACCAACCAGUGGCCCCGUGCUGGUGGACAGACCCCCUCCUCUCCAAAUUAUGAGAACUCCCUUCACUCACUGAAAAACAGAGUUCAUCAGCAGUUACAUGAGCAUCUCCAGGAUGCCAUGUCUUUCUUAAAGGAUGUCUGCGAGUCGCGAAUGGAGGAUCGUCUGGACAGACUGGAUGAUGCAAUCCUUGUUCUGAGGAACCAUGCAGUGGGCUCCACCGCCAGUCUGCCCAGCGACAUACACACUCUGCUGGGACAGGCACAAAAUGGGCCAAUAGCAGCCCUUGGAGCAAACUUCCCCGCCUCUGCAUUGGUCCCAAGUCGGACAGCAGCGAUGCAGGGUGGUGCCCACACUGACGAUGCUGCCAGCCUGAACAAUAACCACGGAGGCCUGCCCAGUGCCGGCUCCACUUCCAGCACAGAACUCAACCACCAGGUGGAAACAUUCAGAGGUCUUGCUUCAGCCCUGGCUGGCCAGGUGCCCGCCACACUGGAGCUGAAGGUGGAGAAACAAGACAAGGAUGAAAUGAAUGAUAACCUCUCCAAUGAGGACAAGUCAGAUGACGAGAGCGACAGAAGAGAUAUGAGAACACCCAGAGCAGGCACACGCACAAGUUCUUUCUCCCACAGUAUCACUGAAGACGAGGACCUGAACCCAGAGCAGAAGGCUGAGCGUGAGCGCGAAAGGAGGAUGGCUAACAACGCCCGUGAACGCCUAAGGGUGCGAGACAUCAAUGAGGCCUUCAAGGAGCUUGGUCGCAUGUGCCAGCUGCACCUGAAAAGCGAGAAGCCCCAGACUAAACUGCUCAUCCUCCAUCAGGCUGUGGCCGUCAUACUCAACCUGGAGCAGCAAGUCAGAGAGCGGAAUCUGAACCCCAAAGCAGCCUGCCUUAAGAGGAGGGAGGAGGAGAAAGUGUCUGGGGGCUCCGGUGACACCCAACAAGCCCACACGGGGGUCCAUCCAGGCCUGACUGACACAUCUAACCCCAUGGGCCAUCUCUGAGUAGCAGAUCAAAGUGAUCCACAUCAUUUCUGUCCCGUUUGAGUCGGUGACCUUGCUUCCCAGUGACAGACAGGACUCACAGUUUGUGACACCAAUCGGAGGAGACAGACCACUUGAAGCAAAACUACGAGACUAACACAAUCCAAUCCUAAAAGACUGAAGAGGAGCAAAGUGUCCAGCUCCCUGUGACCAGUUUCCAUCUGCAAAUUACUCCCCACAAUGAAAAAAAAAUCUUCAGCACAUAUCACUGUCUGCAAGAAGUGUUGUUGCUUCUGAACAAUCAGAGACUUCGCAAUCUCCUCCAACCGUACGUGGAAAUUGCCUUGUGCCUAAACUGAAUUGACGAAUGCAUUGUAACAGCAAUUGUUUUGUUUUCUUGUCUGUUUCUUUUUUUUUCCUAUUUAUUAUGUUAUUGAGCUAUAAAGUGUAUGUCUAAAGGGAAAGUUGAGUAAAUUCAAAGAGAAGUAUGCAGCUUUUCAGUCGAUCUAUAGUUUGCCAGUGUCACCGUUAAAACUGAGAACUCCCUGGUAAUUCUUCGGUGAGUCCGAGAUGGAGGGGAAAAGAUUAAUUUAGUGGCCAGUGUAGAGUGAUAUUUAUACCCAACUGAAAAUGAUCAUUAGCUGUUAGAAAUGAAGAUGCGAGUGCCCCAUUUAAAAAUGAAAAAGAGGAUAUAUUAUUUAUAUUUAUAUUUAAUUCAGCCACUGACCACGUGUAACCAAAACUACCUAUGUGUUUGUUUCUGUGUAGUUUAGAUCUGUGCUUCUGACGAGCAGAAUAAUACUGUCGGCCCGACUACGUUAGCGUCAAAGAUAUUGUCUGCAGAGGUGACAGACGAACGGCAAACUCUAGGUUUACUGAAAGCUCAAAUGUAGUUGUGUUUUUUUUUCCUCAGUAGUGAGCAGUGAAAAUACAGAGAGCAAACUAUUUGCAAACCUUAGCAUUCCCUGCAUAUUUUUAGUGUCUUAACUGAAGGAACAGGGGACUUCAUUGCCCUUCCCUUUGCCAUAUAGUGUUAAAUGUAAGCAGUGACAUAUUUUUGCAGAUUCCUGUCUUUGUUUAGCCUCCUGACAGUUACACGCUCCUGACGUCAGCACAGAAGUGGCUUGUUUUGUUUUUAUUUUAUGGUCCUUUUUCCCGCCACAAGCUAAUCAGAGAUCGCUUGAUUAAGACAUAGUUUAAAGACGACGACGACCACACUUUCUCCUGGCCUGAUGAACACAUCACUUCAUUUUCUUUUCUGUUAAUAUCUCAAGACGUGAAAUUUCAAACGCAGUUAUUCUGAGUACAAUUUUUUAGUUAUGCUUAUUUGUGUUAUAACAGGUAAUUUUCUUUAGGCUUCCAGCAUUAUAAUGUCCAGUUACAGUCAGUGGAGAGGAACCUCUAAGUUAUUUUUCAAUAAUGUUUUCAAUCCAAGCCGUGAUAUACUCAAUACAAUAAGCCAGAGUAGAUAUGUCAUGAAUUAUGUUGAAUAUCAUAGAACUGUAGCACAAUAAUGAACAAAAGCAGUUAACAGGAUUUUUUUUAUGUUUCGAGACAUUGUUCAUGGCUUUAUUUUGUUUUCCCUAUCAGUGUGCAUGCUUUACGUUUGUCUUUGGUCUUAAGACUUGCUUUAUAUUCCAUUUAUUUCUUUGUAUAUUGUCUUCUGUCAUUAUCUACACCUUAAACAAGGCUGCCACAUUCAGAAUAACUAUUCUGUACAAAAAAGGGACUUAAAUUACAAGACAUGAUGCCACACCAAGAGUUUACAUUGAAGUUUUUUGAUUUAAAAACUUUGUUUUUCCGGGGGAAAAAAAACCUUGAGCAUUUCUGUGUAUUCUCUGACUGAAUGUGGCCUUGUUCUUCAUUUCAGUAUUCAUGAGUUUGUAUUCAUGUUGGCAGACUUUGAUUGAGGGUAUAAUGUAUGUCACUUCCUGCUCUUUUUUAUUUUAUUUUUCCUGUUCUUCCUAUAUUUCUUUGCUCCUCUGUUUGCCAAGUUAGACUUUGCUGUAAUCCCAGAUGCUUUCCCUUGUAUAAUAUAUGAGAAAAAAAAGAAAAUCAAAAGGAAAAAAAAAACAUUUGGCUUAUUUUUCACUGUAGUUAGUCUUUUAUACAAUAAUACUGUAAGAAUAUUUCUUGAAUUCUAAAUAUUACUCUUUCUAGAUUUUUGAAAGCAAAAGUUUUGAGUAAAAAGUUUCUUACUUUAUUUUACUAUAUUAGAUAGUAAAACGUACGGUUAUUUACAAUAGCCUGUCCAUUAUUACAGUAAAUUUAAAAAUGGUAUCUCAAGAACAUAGCUGAAUUGUUGCUCGUAGCGCUAGUACUUCAAAAGGCUUUGUACGAGCUCCAGAUUCCUAAAACUUUGACCGCCAUCUUAUUCUCCAGUCUCUCGUUGUUGAUUGAUAAACAAUUUGUUCUUGUGUCAAACGAAAAGGUAUUGUCGAUACACAUCAAAAAAGAAACAAACAAACAAAAAAAAAGACUGCGGCAACGAGCAUUUGAAUUUUCUGUCUUUUUCAACAGAAAAACACAAUGUAUAUAACAUUUAUGUUGCAAUAAAUGUGCCAUCUUUUUUUAAAAUCAAUUGUAUGUGCAUUUAUUUCUCUCACCCAGCAAACACAUCUGUUUCUGUUUCUGCUCCAUAUUUGCAUUUUCUGCUCUCCAUAAAGUUUUAUUUUAUGAAAAAGGCACAGGAAGGAUGAAGUAGGACGAGCUCAGAAACACGGGGAUUAAUUUAGACUUCCUUAUUGUUUUUUUGUUUUUUAAGACAUUUCUACAGUGGAUUUAGGCCAAAUGAGUGUUUUAUAGUAUGUAACUCAUUUUUGAAAAUAAUACCAGUGGACCAUUGUAGUCUGUAUGAAAAGUACUAUGGAUAUAUGUUUCUAUUUUUAAUAAAGUGUGAUAGCAGCGUA